AUGAAGCCGUCAUACAAGAACAGUGCUGGCUUGGCGAAGUACGAAAAGUCGUUUCUGGCGGAGGCUACGGGCACGGUGGAAUGGAGAGUUGUUGAGGUGGAGUUGAGCAACGGCAUGAAAGUUACUGUGCACGUAACCUCCAUAGUAGAAGCAUUGGUGGCGAUGUAUUCGGACAGCGCGAACAUAGACGGCUUUGUGGUGAAACCGGCUGCAGUCUACACGUCCGACAAGAAGCAGCGGAUAUACGCGGGGCCCGAGACGGGAGAUGGAUGGAUCAAGAUGCAAGAAGAGUGCCCGAGGGGUGGUGUAAUUGCAGCGUGCAUCCUGUACAGCGACGGCACAAACUUGAGCAACGAUGGGCGUGUUACGGGACAUCCGGUCUAUUUCACCCUCGGAAACGUCACGCUCAAGAAUCGUUGGCAGCCACACGGGCAUCGGAUGGUUGCUAUGCUUCCGCCGCUUCCGAACGUGGACUCGAGGACGGACGAGGGGAAGGCACUUCAUCGGGAGGUAUUCCAACUGGCGUUGGAUGUGGUUCUCAAAGAACUCAAGGAGGCAUCUUACGGUGGCAUUCUAACGAAAGACCCUUUUGGGCAGUCGCAAAUGGUGUUUCCCGCUGUCUACGCAUAUGUGGCCGAUCAUCCGGAAGCUUGCAAGCUGGCGGGGACGUUUGCAAGUCACAAGGCGAUGUUCCCAUGCCACAGGUGUCUCGUGAACCGUGAAGACAUAAGCAACAUGGAGGCGGUGGUCCGAUUUCGCAAGGAAGAUGACCAGAGCGAGAAAGUCGAAGCGUUGUUGGCGUUGCCGAGUGGGUCCGAGCGCAACAAGGCAUCAAAAGCAAUCAGCACUCAUCCCAUCAAGGUACGCCUUCAAAAGUCGGAGUUCGACAUCACCAAAGUGCAUUCAUUGGCACACGUGGUGGAGGACAUCAUUCGAUCGGGGGUGCCGAUGCAUUACAGCGCCAACAUGUACGAGUAUCUCCAUCAACCUCUCGUGAAGCGAGCGUACCGUGCAAGCAACAAGAGGGAUCCUAUCCCUCAAAUUGUGAAGCACGAUGUGCGAAUGCACAUGCUACGCGUGCUCCAAGCAUCGGAGGCACCGAGCAAGGAUGGACCAAAGCGAAUGGUUGCACUACAGGAGUGGAAAGCGCAUGCGCUGGCCGCGCCGAGUGACAUGACCAAGCUCGCGGGGCUGUUGGAAGGCAAGGCCGAGGAAGGCGAGGUACUAAAUGGUACCAUACGCGUGAAGAACGGCAUGGCUAUCCCUGGCGACGAGGAUUUCACCAAGUACUCCAGCCAGACACAUUAUGUGCGAGCGUGCGCGUCUUUCGGCGACAAACCAUGGUUCAACGAUGUAGCAGUGCUUGGUGAAGAGGAGAUUGAGGCUGUAGGAGGCCAGACGACAAGGCGCAAGGUGAUAUGGUAUGCAAGGCUGCUGCUGUUGUUUACCAUCGACGUAUACGCGACAGAGACAAAGGCGUUUUCCAAGCGCGCAUACGCAUUUGUCCGCUAUUUCAGAGCCACUGGUGCGAUGCACGCAUCAAAAUGCCCGGUGUAUGCUUGGGAGGCAGGUGAUAACGAGUACCAACUGCUUGAGCUUGAUAACAUUCUGCGCGUAGCUCAUAUGGUUUCCGUUAGAAACAUGGCGAUAGGCGUGCCAGCAGAAAUAAUGGAGUUGCAGCGUAAGAGAUCCCGAACCUCUAAUAGGCGUCUCGAAGGCUACGAGCUUGGUAGCCCAACCACAGGGACUCGGAGAACUUCUACUCCUGCCCAGCAGGUGGGUACCCCGAGCGCUCUGCCUGCGCAACCCCCGCCUCUGCAAGACCUUGAGGCACUUGAUGCCGAGCACACCGCGGAGAAUGGAGUUGCCUCUCCCCACGACGCUUCGAACGCUACUGCACCGGUAGCGCAACGUGGUGCAGCCGCAAAUGUCGUCGCGUCUGCUGGAACUGGCGCGUUGCGCUCGUCAGAUCGUGAUGUUCAUCACCCAGAGGCCAACUCGUACAACCACAUCGACGCUGCUAUACGCGGCGAUCUGCAAGACGUUCGCACUCUGAUGCUGCGAAUUGAAAACCGGCUUCGUGUAUCUGAUGAGAUUCAUCAGACUCUGGCUGCUACUGUGAAGAAUCUUCUCGAGAUUGUGCACCAACCGAGCUGGUGCAACGAGAAAACCAUGGAAGAUGCCUGUAAGAAGGCGUGCGAUGAUUUGCUCAAGGGAUCAGAUGUCUCCCAGCGAGUCAUUUACCCUGACGAAGACCAGUUCAGGGCGGCCGUCGUGGUGCACCUCGCUCUGGAUCCCGAAGACUUCGGGAAAUUUAACGAUUACUGGAAGAAGGGCGAGUGGGCGAAGAAGUGCACCGACAUUUGCAACGGCCGGCGGGGGAAACUCGGGAACAAGUCCCGGAAGGCGAGUUUCAAGCAGUUGAAGUACCCCGACAACAAAGCCGUUAAGGACUCCGUUGAGGAUCGGCGCGAUUACGAGUUUGGCCUGCCGUGGCAUGUUUUUGAGGACAAGCCGUUCUGCAGCGAGGCCUUCUUAGCUGCUGCAAGCAAGUGGCAGAAGAAAGAGGGGGAUGUCUACACCCUGAGCAUUGACCAGCUGUGCUACACCAUGGUCGCGGUGGAGUUUGAGAUGUUAUCUCGUGAUCGAAGCAGCAUGUUUUCUGACUCCGAGAACAACACCCGUGAAAUGACCAAGAGGAAGUUCCAGGUUGAGCGCUGGGUCCGUCGCGCAAGCAUUCCACUUGUCAGUGGGUUCUACUAUUUUGGAGAUGUCAUUGUGAAGGAUUGGCAGAUUGUAGAUGAUAUUUAG